AGUGCAAAAUCGGCUAGCCAAAGUGUUGUACGUGAUUGACAAACAGUUCCUUGCGUUAUUCCGAAAGUAUUCGCGCUGGGAACGGGGUUUUCAAAUUGCUAUCUCGCCCGUGUGCUUAGCCAGAGUGGAACGCAGCCGAUUGACUCAUCAUCAACUUUCGUGCUGUUGAGUAGUGGAAAAAGCGGCUGGUACGGUGAGAUUGCCCGUAAGUGCGUGCGCCCCUAUCGGAGCGGACAUUGGUGGCUUAUUGGGAAAAUCGGAUAGUUUAGUGUUGCCAAUUUGCAGUAAACGACGUUCGUGGACAACGUCGUGAAGCUGCCAAAGAUCCAAAGCGCGUCGCUUUUAACAAAGGCUAAAAGACAAAAAAAGGAAGGCACAAGUGGAACCGAGGCGGGGUAGAUUGAGACAGCAGCAAAAUGCAAACAAUAAAGUGCGUGGUCGUUGGAGACGGUGCGGUCGGUAAGACUUGCCUGCUCAUUUCCUACACGACCAACAAAUUUCCAUCCGAGUACGUACCGACCGUGUUUGACAAUUACGCCGUGACGGUCAUGAUCGGUGGUGAACCCUACACGCUCGGUUUGUUUGAUACAGCUGGCCAGGAAGAUUACGAUCGUCUGCGACCAUUAUCGUAUCCACAAACAGACGUGUUUUUGGUGUGUUUCUCCGUCGUUAGUCCCAGUUCAUUUGAGAACGUUAAAGAAAAGUGGGUGCCUGAGAUAACGCACCAUUGCCAGAAAACGCCGUUCCUGUUGGUGGGCACACAAAUUGAUUUGCGCGACGAAAACAGCACGCUGGAAAAGUUGGCUAAAAACAAACAAAAACCCAUCACCCUCGAGCAGGGUGAGAAGCUGGCCAAGGAACUGAAGGCGGUAAAAUAUGUCGAGUGUUCUGCGUUGACCCAGAAAGGGCUGAAGAACGUUUUCGACGAGGCAAUCCUGGCAGCGCUGGAACCUCCAGAGCCGACGAAAAAGAGGAAGUGCCGAUUUUUGUAAAAAAAAAAACAACUCCCAUAUACAUCCACACAAACAAAAACCAACACACCUACUAUACUAUCCGUUUUCGUGAAAACAUUCUUUAGCACAUGAGGAUUUUAGGAAGAUUGUGUCCUUCGCACACAGAGACACAUACACCGACAUACACGUCGAUCGUCAUGAUCAGGAUCAAAAUCAUUAGAUCUUUUUCGUAUACUUUGUUCUUCUUCAUACAUUUCGGUUUUUUUUAAACACAUUUGUCCCGUUGCCUUUCGUAAGGUUUGCAGUCAGGAUGUUUUGGUGACGGAAAAAGUAUGGAAAUGCGCAUCCACAGUGCGUGCGUUUACCCGCAGCAAUGGCUUUCUAUUUGUUCACCUUCCCGCAUUAAACCUAAGGUUGUUUGUUACGAGCAUGAAGAUAAAUGGGCCAAUGAACCUCUGGUCGUGGUUCAUAAAGGAUGGUAAAGUUCCCUAUAAAUCCCACAAAA